AUGGGGAACGUCACCCUCCUCGGAUCGGCGGCGGCGAUUGUGGCCCAGCAUUCGCAUACGGCGCAACAGCACUUGACGUGGCGCCCUCCCGUGCCGUAUCUGUUUGGGAUCCUGGCGGCCAUGCUGGGGCUGAUAGCGUUCACUCUCCUCCUGGCCUGCUCCUACUGGAAACUCUCCGGUUACGUGGAGCAGGAGAACAGCGGCGGCAGCGGCGGCCACACCGAGAGCGGGGAGGGCCAGGGUGAAAAUGGGGACGCCGCCAAGGCCACAUGGACCCCACCGAAGCAGAGGAUCGUCGAGAUCAUGGCGUGGAAUGAAAAGCCCAGCUUCCUCGCCAUCCCAGUUUCUUGUAGAGCCUCUUAUUUCGGAGACUGUUCCGGGAGGGAGAAGGUAGGCGUCGCCGAGAAGGAGAUGGACGAUUGGACGAAGAAGAUGGCAGGGAAUAGAGACGCUGCCGAGUCGGAAGCUGUUCAGGUUAGCCACUGA